AUGAAAGAUCUUGGCAAACUACGCUGCACAGGAGAAACGUAUUCAAGCUUCCAUAAUAAUGUGCUGCAAGUGAAAGGCAAAGGAAUCGUUUCAGCGCAGUACAGAAAGAUAGAGAGGAUGCCUGGUAAUGAUUUUGACGUUGUUCUUUCUAACCCAGUGAGUGUUCAAAACACACAGACAGGUGAGUCAUUUUCCAGUGAUUUUGUUUGAGUCAACUUGAUCGAAACCUUAUCAAUCAUAAAUUUUGAGCUGCCGAUGGUCGAAUUAAUCUAACUUCGGUUAGAAGUUAUUAUGAUUAUAAAACAGUUUCCCGCGUUUCCCAUUAAAAAAGACACUGAAAAUUCUCUUGAUCUAAGUUGUCGCAAGUCUAUGUAGAAAUCUCCUCAUCUUGAAUAGCCUAACUGAUGGGUUUUUGGUCAAAUGCAAGUUCCCUUUUACAAUCGGUGUUAAUCAAUAAUGGAGAAGGAAUUUGUUUCGUAAAUUAAAGAUCUCUAGGAGUUGUAAAUUGGCAAAUAAACGCAAAUUCAAAGUAGAACUAAGAUUGUGUUUAAGGGGGAAGACCUCGUCUCAAGUCUGACUACAUAUUUGAUAAGGGAAAAAAAAGACAUGAACACAACCAAACCAAAAAAGAAAGGAGGAAAAUGCCUGCUGCUUUCGUUUGGCUUAGAUUAAGGCCAUACAAUCAUUAAAAUGUAUCCACAACAACAGAAAUUUGUAGCCAGAAUGCCACAUUGGCGAGCUAAAUUUAAGUUGCUAAUGGUGAUAUAUUCUCACCCAGAGAAAAAACGUCAGAAUCAGUGAUUACCUAACAAGAAGAUUCAAGUCACGUUAGUUUAUGAGACAGAUAAAAGUGCUUUGCACCCGUCAGACAGACAUCAGUCGUUUAAUACGACCGUAUCCGGGCUGUGAAUUAAAGGACAGAUUCUGGGUCCUUGAUGACAUGGUUGCAAAAAUGCAUUUAUCAACGUUAAUUUCUGUGUUCAUUUUUUAGUUUUAUUUACUCAAUUCAUUCAAUUCUCAUAGUGGUUGGAAGCUCCGAUCAAAUAUUUAAUACUGAAAACAACAUGAUGUUAUGAGCUGACGUUAUGAGAUUUUACGACUGUUGAGAGAUGUCAAGAGUAGAUAAAACCUUGCUCGAAAUUUUCAACAGUCGACUGGAAAAUUAUUUCUUUGUCGAUAACUUGUUAGUUGACCACACAAAAGGUAACUGAUCGCAUUCUGUUGGACAAGCCGUCAUAGCCACUUAAAAGAAAAAUAUUGAAAAAAGUAAAAAGCAAGCCAUGACAAAAAAAAGUUUUCCUUCUGCUUAAGUUGUCGAGUUUUCAGUCUGCUUCAGACGGAAAGGACGUCUGUAGAUCGUCUCCAGGACAAAAGUCGAUACUCACAUGCGACGAACUAAACUAUAAUAAAUUAAAAAUUUGUACGACAAUGUAUAUUUAGCCUCGUUCGGGAGAAACUCCCGCUGGCCCGCUUUUUGGUCUGAUUCAGUUGAUUGGUUGUUCGACGUCUGACCCAACAGACGAUCUUAACUUAAUUUAGGUCGACCCAUAUUACUGACGUUUGGUUCGUCUCAUGAAAAGUUCGACGUUUGGCCAAGGCCAAAGUCAGCAACACAGUGGCAAAGGUGACAUAUUGUGAUAGAUUAUUUAGAAGCCGAUGAUGUCUUUUUAGAUAGCUGGUGAUAAAAUUUAAGUUUGGAUUGAAUCGGACUUUUGGAAGCCGAUAAGUAGCUUUUAUACGUUACUCAAUUUUUAAUAAUCAGUUUAGCUGUCAGCUUAGUGAUAAAUCCGAAAAUAUAUAUUGUAUUGUGGCAACUUAUUUUUCGGUAAAAAUGUCUCCGAACUGUGCCUCUCUUUAGAGGCUUUCCGAGAAGAUAUUGAUUCACUUAAUAAGGUUUGUGUGUGUUCUGCAUGUCUACCGCUACACAACCUACAUUCAAUAUGUUUUUCUUCCAUUCCUAGCAGUUGUUAAAAAACAUUUCACUUAUGCAUCUAGGCGUUUUCUUUGGGAAUGCUUCAGUUGACGCGGACUUCAUCCGAGUGGAAGUUGUAACCUCUUCGGGCGAGACGAAAAGUGACGUACACAUGCACGUGUUUCCAAAAAAGGAAGUCCUCGAAAGAAAACAGAAACAGGGCGGGAUUCCUUUGAAUGUGGCUCUAAUUAUGUUUGACUCCACAUCAGCAGCCAAUUUUAAAAGAAAGAUGCCGAAAAGUUUGGAGUAUUUGACCACAUCAUUAGACUCUAUUCUGAUGCAAGGCAAGUGUGCGUGUAUGUCUUUACCUUGAUUUUACGGAAUGAUUUUUCAAUAUUCGUUGCUGUAAUAGAUCUUUUACUUGCAUGUUUUGUUUUCCCAUUUCAAACCAUGUGAUGUUACCCCCAUGUUACCCAAAAGAAUGGUUUCUUUUUAAUGUCUUUCUACCGGGCAUGUUGGCCUAAUUUAUCCUGAUAAUGGUCUGAACUCCGAAAACUAAAAAUAUAAUACAGUAAAGACCCGCAUAUAAGAACACAUGAUUUCGGGUUCAGGCAGAUCUAGUUCUUAUUUAUCAGGUGCUCAGUGAGAAAUCAGCCUGAAGGUGUUCUUAAUAUGUUCUUAAACUUUGUUUCAGAAAUACUGCACAUAACAUGUUACCAGAGGAUUAGUUAGCAUAUUUUAUUGUAAAUAAAUAUCAGUAAAUCAAUAAAUAAAAUAAAAAUCUGUCAGGUAGUAAAUGUAAAAUUAGUUUCAACAUUUUAAAAAUAUUUCUUACAGUCAUGCUAACUCAACCGGGGCCACCAUUGACUUGUCAGCCAAUCAAAUUUGCUUUCAUCAGUAAAGACUCCAACGGCUAUGCAACCAGAUAGUUUAUUACAUGUAUUUGACAUUUAUAUCCUUCAACCAGCUGCAGCAUAACAUGAUCCUCUGGAGCAUGAAAUCCUUAAGACACCCAGGAAACUGUAAUAGUUUUGUAAUAGUCUAGCAGCAACCAUAGUUACAUUGCUUUGAAAAUGGAGAAAUGAUCGUCGCAGUGAACGCAAUUUAUGCAAUUGCGUAAAGAAGCCUGAAAAAAAUUCAGGACUUCACCGGGGUUUGAACCCGUGACCUCCUCUACCAAAUGAGCUAUGAAGCCACUUACGUUGGGUGCAGGUCAAUUGUGGGUUCAUAUGUUCCCGUGAAAGAAAUGAGUGUUAAUGAUAUAUGAAAUAAAUCAUAUAUGAACUGCGGAAAUGAAAUGAAAAUGAAGAAAUGAUCGUCGCAGUGAAUGCAAUUUAUGCAAUUGCGUAAAGAAGCGUGAAUUUUUUUCAGGCUUCUUUACGCAAUUGCAUAAAUUGCGUUCACUGCGACGAUCAUUUCUUCAUUUUCAUUUCAUUUCCGCAGUUCAUAUAUGAUUUAUUUCACAUAUCAAUAACACUUACUUUGCUUUCUUAAUCCGACAUCCUCUCCCUUAUUAUAGCGGAGCUCUCGCGCCGCGAAGAGCGUGCAGCGGAGCACCUUUGCUAAGAAAAUUGGAUAACCAACGCAUCCGGAAAAAUUUUGGUACUCACGUGACCGUACGUCCGCCCGCCUGCCCGACCAUCCGUCCGCACCACAGGCAUACCAAUGUAAAAUAACUCAAUCAGCAUACAGGUAUGGCAACUUGAGGUUAUUUUGGCGGGAAAUCGCAUAGCCACCCGCGCCUCCUGAAGCAGAGACAACUUAAGAGUCAAUAAAGACCAAAACGGAAAGCGGAAAUUGUUUCUGUAUCCUUGUUGUCUAAAGUAUGAAGCUUAGACUAAUUGUCAUGUCCACAAAUUUGGAAUACAAGAGAGAGACAGAGAAAAAGAGAAAGUAGGCGACAGGCCAGCGAAGCUCAACGAGGGAAACAGCGACAGACGGCUAGAGCGAGAGAUAAAAGACAAAGGAGACACUUAUUUGUUGCGAGAACAACAUGAAAAUGUUGUAGCGGCGGUGGGAAAAUAAGAAAUUCUAGCGGUCACCGAGGUGAAAAUCAGCGGCAGUGAAAAAAAAAAAAUAAACAAGAACACGUACGACAUUUCCUCCAUAAAACGUAACCAGGAAGUUUCUAGAAGUUUAACGUUGUAGUCGUGCAAAACAACGGCAAAGAAAUGUACAAAAAAGUGUGCUGCACGCCCGGGGCUGCACGUGCAAAGUUGCUCUUUUGCUAAUUAGACCUAUUGUUGUUUUUUCACCGUUCUCGUUUCCUUCGCCGCUUAAAGGUGAUGUUACACUGGAUGAUUCGCAACGACGAUUUUUAGCAGCACAGCACAGCGCUGCAAUGCUGGAACAAUGUUGUGACCAUUCGAAACAAUGUUGCAACGCUGUGUUGCGCUAAAAAUCGCCAUUGCGAAUCGUCUCGUGUUACAUCACCUUCUACACGAUUAUAUAUUUUGUUUGAGCAAACUAUAAAUAUUACAGAGAACAGCAAGUGGUAACGUUGCGAGUAUGCGCGAGCCGCUGGACGGAAGUUUGUGGUGGUAUUGGAUCGCAGCGAAUGCGGCAAAGAAAAAUGGCGCCUCUUUUAAAAAUUACCAUCGUCUUAGUCAUCUGUUCUAUCUUUGUGGAGUGCAGAUAAGACAAAGUCUUCUUUGUAAUAUGCGAGAUUGGUCUCAAGGCUAAUAAGUCGCAGAUCAUUCACAAUUUUGCCCGGUUUGUGGUCCAUGAGUGAUUAUUGUUUCGUGUUUUGGUUUGCGCGCGGACACGUCGAUAGGGUUCUGCGUAACAGCUGCAAAACUCCUCUACUAAACACUGGAUAACUGGGAAAAAAUCUCUUCAUGUAAGUUGUGACCGAGUACAAAACGUCCGACGCUUACGAUUUGAAUAAAACGCUGUGAAAAAAAAUUCUAAAUGCUAGUCUGUUUAUAUAGUUAUAACUGCAGUUCUUGCGACAAUCCCCUUGCAAUAGUACGAUUUCACGUCAGUUAUGGUUCAGGAACGCCCUGUUUUUCAGAGAUGUGCAACCUUAGUGCAGUGAUUCUGCCAGUGAUUACUUUUCAGAGAUACCCCAUCCUAACCACCCGUGGCCAAAGCAGGUGCAGUGCCCUAAUUCUGCGACUGAUAAAAUUUCAAAGAUAUCCCACCCAGGGCUAUGAAAUUGUAUGUUUCCUUUUUUGACUAGAUGAUAUAAAACUGAAGACCCAAAAUCAAGAAAUGACAUCUAUUAAAUCUAUAUGAUGCCUUAACUUAUUCAGGGGUGUAGGCAGAAUUUUGUAAUAUGGAGGCUCUUGACUCCAAGAUGCCCCUUAUACUUCUAAAAUAAAGAAUUAGAUGAGCCAAAACAGGAGUGUGGUACAAGAUGUUUCAUAUUGCAGAUGUUUUUUAUUGAGGUAACCCUAACCAUGAAAAAUCCUUCCCUUUACUCCCCACACUUCUACAUACUAGAAAAUUGCAAAUAUGCACACAACAGUGAAAAUACUUAAAACAGUAAAGAUCAUAGUCAUAUCUAAAACUGCAUUUUCUCUCUGAGACAUUGAAGUGAAUUUUCUGCUUCUGAUACUUCCAUGCUUGCACUCAUUUUUGCUUUUCAUAAAUUUUGUUGUUGGUAUUUUCUACUGCACAUGUGUUAAUUAUUUAAGAUAUAACUAAUAAGGCCUAGCUCCCUUGACUAGCUCAUAUCUGGGCUAAGAUUAAAAAAUUGAAAAUGAGAGAAAAUUAGCUCUAACUUUUCCUUUUCAUUCAAUUUCAACAUGAGGAGAACAUAAGGAUCUUAAAGCCUGAUAUUUAUAAAGUCUGACUUUAUGGUAGCUUCAAGUGAGCCAAUGUAUGACUCAUUAAAAUUAAAGCUUGUCUGUGUGUCUUCUGGGGCACCAAGGCUAUUUGACGCAGUUCAGGAUGGAGUGACAGACCCUUGACAGAUGGAUGGAGUGACAGAACCCAGGUUUAGUGCUGAGCAUCUCAUAGGGAGCUCCUGCAACAGGAAAAAGGCAAAUGAAAUUUUUCAUAACUUGUCAUCUUGCGACACCAGGAGCAUCAAUGAGACUGUUUCAGGGGCAAUUUUACAUAAAAUUAAUUGCAACUUGUGCAGCCUAUGAUAUAUGACUAUAUACGCUACUACAGUGUAUACACAGCCAAACCGACAUUGGCAAGCCAAGUGCUCCUAAAUUCAUGUGCACAAACACUGAAUAUAUGAGACCCAGAGUAUCAAAAGAUCUAUUUCUAUCGGAGAGUGAAAAGUUACCCCUAUGGCAUUUAGUUGUUGCCCACAACUAGCGAUACCCCUUUAGAUAUUUUUUCAGGAUUUGUCAAGUGUCAUGGAUACGAAUUUAUAUUCAAAAAGGAAAGAAAUCUUUUGGAUAGAAAAGGAAUAAUAACAUUUAUGAUUUUUGUAAGGGUACAAAUACAUUGUAUCUGAUGAAGCUAAUUCUUAUGUGGAUGCCAAUGUAAGGAAUCAAAUACAGGGAUUUCAUGUCCAGUGGUGUCUGUACUUCAAACAGAAAUGGCAGUCCAGCAAGUGCAAAGGUGAACAAGGGCAAGAAUUGUUUUGUGCUUGAACUUGUGCUAGUGUCAAAGUGGGAGUAACAUUGUAAUGGUCAUAUGAAAAUGCAUUAAAUCACACUUAUUAAAUCACUUUUAUAGUAGGGCAGGGAAAGAAUGCACAUAUGUGUAUUUUCAUAUUUUAUACUGAUUUCAGUUAUGUUUCAAGACAUUAAGUAAACAUUUUAAGCAUAACAUUACAAUUCUUUUAGGCGCCAAUUUUGUAUGUAUAAACAAAUCAUCAUUGAAUAAUUAUCAGAAUAAAAUAAUCUUCCAAAUGGUGAGGGUUCUGGUCAGUGAAUCUGAGAGCUUACAGUGCAUGAUUAUUAAAAUGCAAAUUCAUCAGUGUUCCCCCCCUUGGAUGCAAAAUCAAACAUUCAAGAAUGAAAGAGUGUUCCGAAACAAUGCUCUUACAAAUAAGUUUUGUUGGGAUAUACUUUUACAUGUUAACGAAAAAUCUAAAAACAAGGUUGAAAAGGACAAGAAAAAUUUGUCCAUCUUUAACGAAGUUUUAGCAAAUAAUAUUUCACAAUCCACCGCCUCGAUCUCUUUAUCUCUGAGAACAAAUAAUCGCCAUAGAGCACCAAUGUAAACCAGAAAAGCAAAUUUUCGAAAAUGGAAGGAAACAUCCGACUAUGGCCUUACUUGUAAGAGUAGGAAAUUUGCUUAUUGAUUUCAUGCCGCUAAAUAGUAUCAAAAUACUCGAACUUCCCCCCUUUGAAUUAACCAUUAAAAGUGAAAAUACGGAGUGACCGAAAGAGAAGUUUAACCUGUUUAGUCGCUUGUGUGGGAUAUAUCACUGGAUCUCGCUGUACGGUCAGGGUCAAAUACUACAAAAAUACCAGGGUCACAUAAAUUACGUUGAAUUCAGGCUGCUAUAAUUUUAACACAUAACAUUCGAUGAUGCUGCUCCACAUUUCACAAAGUAAAUCAAGGGGUAUAUCUUACCUAAAUGUUAGGCAGCUCUGCAGAUCGUGGACGAUAACCCAGAAAUCCGUGACCGCUUGAAUGUCAACAAAUCAACAUAUCACAACAAACGACCUCGUGAACGCUUUAUCUGCUUCAUCAGAGGAGCCAAAUGGACGAAAAUUAAGAACCUAAAUGGUCCUUCUCCCAUACAUGACACUUCAACAUGGCUUAGCCAAAGUAUCCAAUCUAUAAGACAUGUCUGUUGUCGAUUGGGUAUGCAAAAAAAUCUCCCUUGAAAGGGCUUCAGAACGGCUUUCGGCCAUUACGAUUUCCCGUCAACAAGUGCUUCCCAGCAAGUUUGACGCACGCGCAAACGUUACCACUUGCUGUUAUUACAGAGAGCUUCGCUUUUAGCCCUGACUAAAUCUAUAUACAUUAUAAGAACAUGUUUUUAUCAGGCUGAACCGGUUCUUAUAUAUAUUGUGCUUUAUGGGCCAAAUUUCAGCCUGAUGUUCUUAAUCCAUUAGUUCUUAUAUGCGGGUGUUUACUGUAUUAAUGUUUGUGUAUGAACAGGGGAGACUAUCGUGGGAGAUGGUACUACUGCACAACUGUCUGCAAUGUUUACUGGGAUAGAAGAAGCACGCCAGCCGGAAGCUCGGAGGAGAAUACGUUCAUCCCAUACAGUUGACAACUGGCGCUGGAUUUUUAAGGGCUUUAAAUAUCACGGAUAUGCUACGAUGUUUUCGGAGGAUUCGCCGCUAAUGGCAUCCUUCAAUUAUCGCUUGCACGGGUUCAAAGAACCACCUACAGACCAUUACGCAAGACCAUUCUGGUUGGAAGCCUAUAAAUUGAGAAACUGGAACUACAGGUAUUGUAUACAAAGCCGGGCAUCACACAUCGUGUCUUUGGAAUAUUUACUCAGUUAUUUUCGCAUGUACAGGACGACAUCAAAGUUUGCUUUCUCAUCCCACGCUGAUAUUUCUCACCGCGACCCCAACACUAUUGGUUUGUUGAUGAUGAUUUCAAGGCUUUCCUGCAAACCUUUGAAAAGGAAUCAUUUCGUAACAACACUUUGCUGA